AUGGUAUCCUCGGCGGUUCAUCCAGUUGUGCAGAGGCACAUAGAGAAUCAGACAGAUAACCUCGUCGUCCCAUACUCUGGAUUGCUGCAGAACCCGGCCAUUUCAAAUACCAUGUUCCACAACAAAAUUCUCCAAAACUCCGUCUUCAGUUAUUGUGUCUUCAAGGAUGUAGCAAUCGAGCACUGCAUAAUCGCAAACUCAACUGUCACAGACUCGGUACUGAAAGGCUGUGUAUUGGUCAAUUCCGACGUUCUCGAUUGCUAUUUGAAAGACUCUCGCAUCAAGAACUCCAAGGUCGUCGAAAGCAAGUUCAUCAACUCCCUUCGAAGCAAAUGCGAGGUCCGCCCAACUCCCUCUUUUCACCGCAUUCCUCCAGAGGUUCGGAUUAUGAUACUUUCGAAGGCUAUUAAAUGGGAUGGAAAGAUACCGAAUGUGGUUGCUGCAUUACGGGGAGAUCGGGUCUUGUAUCGUGAAGCUAUUGGUGUCUUAUGGGAGACUUGCACCUUCACACUGCACCAAGCAAACCAUCUGAGCCGUAGGGCGAUGAGUCCAGCCGCAUUUCAAAGCAUCCGGAAGCUGGAGAUCAAUGCCUGGGAGUUCAAGACCGACCCAUUUCCGGAAGAGUUAGCGCACUCGUUCAACAUCCUUGAGAUACGCCUCGAUUUCAGCAUGAGCUACGGCGGCAAUCUCCCAAUCAACAAGUUCUAUCAUGUGGGCAGAAACUGGACGAGACGCCUCGGCAUCAGGAAGUUGUCACUGGUCCUCACGGUUCCGGCUUUCGUACAAAUAAACGCCCAUAUCGAGCAUGUAGUUGGUGAGGGGGAUACUCAAUUCGGCAUAGAGAGCAAGAAGUCUCGUUACAAAACUAAGCAGUACGUCGCUGGCCAUAUGGGUGUUGAGUGGACGUGGGAGGCGGGAGAUGGGGAAGUGCUAGUUUGGAAUUUAAUGUUGUGUAAACAACAGAAGCAGGCAAUGAGUGAAGCGGUCGCCGCCAGGAUAAAUGAGGAAGCACGCCGCAACAGGGCUGAAUUCUUGAAUACAAUGGGUCGCUGA